GAGAUACAUGGGACACACAGAGAAUUAAAGACUAGAAUAGACACCGUGCUUCAAGUCCCAAGAUUUGUGAAGGAAGAAUUGGGUCAAGGAGCCUGAAAGACCAUGGAGGGAGACUGUCUGAGCUGCAUGAAGUACCUGAUGUUUCUUUUCAAUUUCUUCAUAUUUCUGGGAGGAGCGUGCCUGCUGGGCCUUGGGAUCUGGGUCAUUGUGGAUCCCACAGGCUUCCGAGAGAUAGUGGCUGCCAACCCCCUGCUCUUCACGGGAGCCUACAUCAUGCUGGCUAUGGGAGCGAUGCUCUUCCUGCUGGGUUUCCUCGGCUGCUGUGGCGCCAUCCGUGAGAACAAAUGCCUCCUGCUCUUUUUCUUCAUGUUUAUUUUGUUAAUCUUCCUGGCGGAGCUUUCAGCUGCGAUCCUGGCUUUUAUCUUCAGAGAAAAUCUGACAAGAGAGUUUUUCACCAAGGAGCUGAAGAAGCAUUACCUGAGGAAUAACGACACAGAUGUCUUCUCUUCCACCUGGAACUCUGUUAUGAUCACAUUUGCCUGCUGCGGAGUGAAUGGACCAGAAGAUUUCGAAGCUGUCCCUCUUCUUCCAUACUCCUCUUUGGAAAGUGCAACACCUGAGGCUUGUUGCCAGCGAGAGCUCCAGAGCCGGGAAGGGAUGUUUGUCAACAAGGAAGCCUGCCUCACAGGCGUCGAGAGGUUUCAGAACCGACAGGGCUGCUACACUGUGAUCCUGAACUCCUUUGAGACCUACGUGUACCUUGCUGGAGCCCUUGCCAUUGGAGUGUUGGCUAUUGAGCUCUUCGCCAUGAUCUUCGCUAUGUGUCUCUUUCGAGGGAUCCAGUAAGAGGUGGCCCAUGGACCACCAUGUUCCCACAUGCUCAGAA